AUGGUUCUGAGAGAUCAACUGAUAUCCCUCCUCCUCCUCCUCCUCCUGUAUGCUUUCCUCAGCACUCGCCACGCAUCCGCCCUGGACUCAUACGGGAGAAUGGGCGCCCCGAUACCCACGAUGCAGAACAGCUGGAAAGUCUUGCUCGUGGGUGACUUCAUAUGCAGCACGUCGAGGGACAGGCUUGUCCUGCAAUCGUUUGCAAAGCUGGGGAUGAUAUCAGAGACCAUGCACGUGCAGGUCGACGAGAUGCUCGAGGGUACCCUUCACGUACUUCUUGAGAACUUCCGUCCAGACUUCUUGUUCUUCAGCUUCCUGUCCAACGUUGAGGAGCAGGAGGUGUGCGUUCUAAUGAGUGUAUGGAAGACAUGUCGGAGCUUGGGAAUAUCCACAAUCAUUCUGCACCAAGAGAACGCGGACCCCAUGCAGUAUCAAACAGUCGCAACGAAGAAGUGUUCGACCAACUAUCAAGAUGAUUCAGACCUGGCCACUGAGUGGUUGGAUUUUUGUGUGCGGUGUGUGAGCGUGGGGCCGCUGAUAUCAUCUCAGUCUUGCGAUCAUCUUCAUGUUAACCCAUCUCCUGGUUCCGGCCAUGAGUAUGAGGUCGCUUUCGUGGUGGUCAACAAGCAAUGUAAAGAUCCGAAUCAGAGCACGACAGAUGCAUCAUGUGAGUUGUAUUGGCUCCUGAAAGAUCGCUACCAUGAAAGGAUUCAGCUUCUUGCUGUAGACGAAGAUGGCUUCACAGACAAGUCAUCGUUCGUGACAGCAAAGGUUGCUGUGGCAACAGUAACAGAGCUAGCGGGCGAGCUUGAGGGAGAUUGCUUUUCUCGAAGCUUGGGUAUCAGACACGUUUACGGACUAAUUUCGGAAGGGACCUUUGUGAUUCACAAUCUUGACCCUUCCAUUGCCUCGAACCUGAAGAAUGGAACUCAUGUCAUUACAUACAACACAGGCGACUAUCAAUCUUUGACAGGAAUAAUUGAUUACUUCCUACAGCAUGGGGAUGAGAGAGACAUUAUCGCAAAACAGGGAAUGCAGCAAGUCUGCAUUCAUAACACGAUAGAAGAGUUCAUGGGGAACGUCAUGCAAUCUCUGUAUGAAUCAUCGCAACCAUGGUGGUUUCGCUGCAAGGCAGAGGAGGAGGAAGCGACAAGAUCCGAUUCCACUCCGCCCACCCUGCUGAAUGCUGCUCGUGAGAGGUUGACGAUAUACCAUGAAGGUGCUCAGGUCCCUCUGGACGUGAUCCAUAAAUCUACUUGGGACAGGAGCCAAUACAGACUUGGGAGAGUCAGCUGCCUGGAAGAUGACUGCGACGUCGUGUUGAAGAAUUAUCCAUAUCUCAGAGAAUCGCACUCAGUUGCAGCAGAGGGGAUUUUCGUUGCUCUUUAUGACAACAUGACCAUUGUCCAUGAUGGAGUCUUCUGCAAUGCAACACAAAAGGUGACAGCAUUCAAGUACAAGCAUGAAACGCACCCGGACGUGCCAGAAGGAUGCCUAUUGGAGGAUUCUGACAACGCAAUAAGGCAUGUAUCUAGAGCUCUAUCCUUGCUUGCAAACAUGGGCUGGUUCUGGGGACAUUUUGUGCAUGAUUUGCUAUUCCGUCUAAGCUAUGCGAUCAACUCGCUAGAUUUCAAUUUUGAUAUCGUUUUGGAGGGAAACAGUCAUGCCAACAUAGUGAUGCUUGUAGAAAUUGUCACAGGUGGGAAAAACAAAAUUCAUUUCUAUGACACAGAAUGCUUGAGAGGGAACGGAAGAAGUUGUCGUGAAUACUUGCGAGUCAGAGAGUUGCUUGUUGUCAACACUUUGCUCUCAUUGUUCGUUGCGGACGAUGUUGUUCCAUUUGAAUUCAAGAGGACUUCAGAUCUUAUCUAUAGGAACCUUGCCAACCAGGUUUUACCUUGCUGGAAGAAGCAAAGAAUAAGUGUGAACUAUGCGCAGAGUCACUUCAGAGUGGGCAUAGUCAUCGGAUUUUCAUGA